GCCAUGCCGGGCUUCGACUACAAGUUCCUGGAGAAGCCCAAGCGGCGCCUGCUGUGCCCGCUGUGCGCCAAGGCCAUGCGGGAGCCGGUGCGCGUCUCUACCUGCGGCCACCGCUUCUGCGACACCUGCCUCCAGGAGUUCCUCAGUGAAGGCGUCUUCAAGUGUCCAGAAGACCAGCUUCCUCUCGAUUAUGCCAAGAUCUACCCGGAUCCCGAACUCGAGGCCCAGGUUCUCAGCCUGACCAUCCGGUGCAUCCACAGCGAGGAAGGGUGCCGCUGGAGCGGGACCGUCCGGCAGCUGCAGGCCCACCUCGGCACCUGCAGCUACAACGUGGUCCCCUGCCCCAACCGCUGCGGGGCCAAACUGAGCCGCCGGGACCUCUCCUCUCACCUCCAGCACGGCUGCCCCCAGCGCCAGCUCAAGUGCGAGUUUUGCGGAGCCGACUUUACGGGAGAAGCCUAUGAGAACCAUGAAGGCGUCUGCCCGCAGGAGAGUGUCUACUGCGAGAACAAGUGCGGGGCCCGCAUGAUGCGCCGGCUGCUCUCCCAGCACAUGCUGGCCGAGUGUCCAAAGCGCACCCAGCCUUGCCCUCACUGCGCCAAGGAGUUUCUCUACGACACCAUCCAGAACCAUGAGUACCAGUGUCCCCGUUUCCCGGUGUCCUGCCCCAACCAGUGCGGGGUGCCCAGCAUUGCCCGGGAGGAUCUGAGCGGGCACCUGAAGGAGAACUGCACCACGGCACUGGCGCUCUGCCCCUUCAAGGAGGCCGGCUGCAAACACCGGGGCCCCAAACUGGCCAUGAGCCGCCACCUGGAGGAGAGCGCCAAGCUCCACCUGGGGCUGAUGGGGGCCUUGGUGGCCCGGCAGCGCCAGGAGCUGGCGGAGCUGCGCCGCGAGGUGGAGGAGCUGGCGGUCGGCAGCGAGGGCGUGCUGAUCUGGAAGAUCCCGGACUACGCCCGCAAGCUGCAGGAGGCCAAAUCCCGGAGCAACUACGAGUCCUUCAGCCCCGCUUUCUACACCCACCGGUACGGCUACAAGCUCCAGGUCUCGGCCUUCCUGAACGGCAACGGCAGCGGCGAAGGCAGCCACCUCUCGGUCUACAUCCGGGUCCUCCCCGGCCAGUACGACAACCUCCUGGAGUGGCCCUUCACCUACCGCGUCACCUUCUCGCUCCUGGACCAGAGCGACCCCUCCCUCUCCAAGCCUCAGCACAUCACCGAGACCUUCCUGCCAGACCCCAACUGGAAGAACUUCCAGAAGCCCGGAUCCGGCCGCGCCUCCCUGGACGAGAGCCUGCUGGGCUUCGGGUACCCCAAGUUCAUCUCCCACGAGGACAUCAAGAAGCGCAACUACGUGCGAGACAACGCCGUCUUCAUCAAGGCCUCGGUGGAGAUCCCCCAGAAAAUCAUCUCGUGAACCAGGCGGUCCUGCCUGCGUGGCUGCCCUUUCGGGUGGGGGUGGGGGUGUACAGGAUCGCCCCAACCCUAGAGAAAAAAAAGGGGGGGCACAAAAAAGCCCAGCCAUCUGGAUUAAUCUUUUGGGUUGCAUUGAGGGAUACGGAUCUGAGCUUCUCUUUUCGAAAUACUUUGGCCAAUGAAACCACCGCCCUCUCGGCACAUCUGGGCUGAGUCCUCUCUCCUGGCUACUCUUUCCUCGUGGUGCUAAAGUCCUACAAGUCAGGGACAGACUCCAGCCUGGAUCGUGACCCUCUCUGUCUUCCCCGGAGCAGCUGGGCUGCUUCUUUCUCCCCCCCUCCUCCUCUCUGCCCUCCCCCCCUCCAGCCCCGAGCAUCUCGUCCCAAUCUUGCAAGGAGGAACCCUGUGAAAACUCAGAAGAAGCGGGCCGUGCGGGGAAGGGAUGUGGCUGUGGGCGACGUGGUUGACUGCGCAGCCGUUGUGCAAUGAGGUGGGUGGGUUUGGGUCUGCAGAGGACGGAUCUUGGCCAUUUGGUGCUAUCGGGACUCUCUUUCCCCCCCCUCCAGAUCCUGGAAGGUGGAAAGUGGGGUGUGCGUGACCUUUGGGCUGUGUUUUUUUGGGUGGGGGGCUUAGGAUGCAACCGCGCACCCCUUGCAGCUCCUGAAUGUGCCAGACAGGACCUGGAGGAGUCCUGCCCCCCAUCACCCCCCCAGCCCAUCUUGAUCCCCGAGCCAGUUUUCCAGCCUGGAAAUCUUCCUUCCAGGGCCCAGAAUAUCCUCCAUCCUACUCUUCCGCUCGUCCUCCCCUUUCCAUGGGUUGGCCCCUCCUGUUCAAGGGAGGGUCGGGUGGGGGAAGUUGGUCCACCCCUUUUCCAAAGAGCCAUAUUUUGUACGGUGAGCCCCCCCAAUCCCCAAAUCUUGGAGGGGGGGAAGCUCCUCCUCCUUUCUUUCUUGUUGGGAAGACGCAGCUCCCGCCUGUCUUUGUUGAUUUUUCUUCUGCUCGCAGGGGGUGUGGGAGCAGCCGGGGGGGGGGCUGUCUCUACGCCGCCCCACCUCUCUCGUCUAUGGUUGUCGUUGUUGUUUUUUAAUUAAAUAAACCAUUUCCUGUAUUUAU